GCAAGUCCGUGGACUCUGUCAGAGAUUCUCAAGUCGGAGCAGAGGUGGCUGGCGGGCCCACCCGAUUCCUUUCCACUGCCUGCUUUUUCGGACAGGAGUCACGGCUGCUCUGAGGGGCAUAGUCCCGGACACCAGGGUGCCACGCACGCGCUGAAGCCCCUAGUGCUCUCGAGGCUUCCAGCUAAUCAUGCCCCAGCCGCCCGCAGCUGCCUUGCCGCUGCCCGUGCUGCUGCUGCUGCUGCUGCUACUCCUGGUGGUGCGGACGCCGUCCCCGGCUGGCGCGCGGCCAUCCCUAGGCCCCGAUUACCUGCGGCGCGGCUGGCUACGGCUGCUGGCGGAGGGCGAGGGCUGCGCUCCCUGCCGGCCAGAAGAGUGCGCCUCGCCGCGGGGCUGCCUGGCCGGCCGGGUGCGCGACGCGUGCGGCUGCUGCUGGGAAUGCGCCAAUCUCGAGGGCCAGCUCUGCGACCUGGACCCCAGUGCCCACUUCUACGGGCGUUGCGGCGAGCAGCUUGAGUGCCAGUUGGACGCUGGUGGCGACCUGAGCCGCGGAGAGGUGCCCGAGCCGCUGUGUGCCUGCCGCUCGCAGCGCCCUCUCUGCGGUUCCGACGGCCGCACCUACGCUCAGAUCUGCCGCCUGCAGGAGGCGGCCCGCGCUCGGCCGGACGCCAACCUCACCGUGGCGCACCCCGGGCCCUGCGAAUCGGAGCCCCAGAUUGUGUCGCAUCCAUAUGACAUUUGGAACGUGACGGGGCAGGAUGUGAUCUUUGGCUGUGAAGUGUUUGCCUACCCCAUGGCUUCCAUCGAGUGGAGAAAGGACGGCUUGGACAUUCAGCUGCCAGGGGAUGACCCCCACAUCUCUGUGCAGUUUAGGGGUGGACCCCAGAGGUUUGAGGUGACGGGCUGGCUGCAGAUCCAGGCUGUGCGUCCUAGCGAUGAGGGCAUCUACCGCUGCCUGGCCCGCAAUGCCCUCGGCCAGGUUGAGGCCCCAGCUAGCCUGACAGUGCUCACACUGGACCAGCUGAACUCCACAGGCAUCCCCCAGCUGUCAUUCCUGCACCUGUUUCCUGAGAAGGAGGCUGAGAGUGAAGAGGCCGAGGAUUACUACUAGGUCCAGAGCCGUGGCCCAUGGGGGUGGCCCUCCCUCCAGCUCUGCUCAGCCAGUCUUCUGAGUGCCCUUCUGCACAGCUCUUGCUGUUAUUUUCCUAGUCCCCAGUCUUUGCCUAACCUCAGUCUACCCUUUCUUGAAACUCACCUUCUAGAAAAUUUCCCUCUCUCUAAGUCCCAACUGCACAUACUAACUGCAAUCCUCUUUGCUGUUUGCCAUCUGCUGUCCAGGAAGGCACGAUGGAGUGUGGUUUAGCUCAGUGCAGUAAGAUGGGCAUUUGGGCAUGUCUGAUUUUCCUGUCGUUCUGGGAACUCCAUGAGGGCAGUACCAUAUAUUAUACCACUUUGUACUGGACGAUGCCUAGCACAAGACUAGGCACAGUAGGCACGCAAUAAAGA